UCCGCUAGCUUCAUGCUAACCGUCUUUUCUUUACCCGCCUUCAGCUUCUCGGUGUCAGAACUGAACCAAUUAGCCCAACGGGACAUUCACAGACUACUUUGACCAGUUCUGAAUCCAGUACCGGUUGAACCCGUAACUGGACCGGGUCGGCACACAGAAACAAUCGGCGGGCAGCAGGAAGUUAGCGCAGGUUAGCUAGCCUGUUAGCUGUCGGGGUGACCCAGUAGAAUAAUGGACCUGUUCGACGACCUGCCGGAACCGACACAGACCUCUGGCUCCGCUCCAAGCUCCAUCCACGAGGAGGAGACCCGUACCAAACGGAGGCGAGGCGACCAGGAGGAGCAGCAGGAGGAGAUCAAGAGAGUUUGUAGAGAAGGCCUCCCCGUGCUGAAAGGCUACGUGGCGGCGAGGCGGGGCGAGCGUGAGGAGAUGCAGGACGCUCAUGUGUUGCUGCCGGACAUGAGCUGCUGUCUGUCGUCUCUACCGGGACACGUGUCUCACAUCUCGUAUUUUGCCGUGUUUGAUGGACACGGAGGAGCUCGAGCGUCUCAAUACGCCGCAGAGCAUCUUCACCUCAACCUGGCCAAGAGGUUUCCCUCUGGAGACAAUGAAAAUGAAGACAAGCUGAUAAAGAAGUGUUUAUUGGACGCUUUCCGGCAGACGGACGAAGACUUCCUGAAGAAGGCGUCCAGCCAGAAGCCGUCGUGGAAGGACGGCUCCACGGCCACCUGUCUCCUGGUGGUGGACGACAUGGUGUACGUGGCCAACCUGGGGGACAGCAGGGCUGUGAUGUGUAGGACGGAGACAGCAGAGGACGGACAGAAGAAGUCUUUGACUCUGGCUCUCAGUAAGGAACACAACCCCACCAUCUACGAGGAGCGCAUGAGGAUCCAGAGAUCAGGAGGGACCGUCAGGGACGGCCGGGUGCUCGGUGUCCUCGAGGUGUCUCGGUCCAUCGGGGACGGUCAGUACAAACGCUGCGGAGUGAUUUCAACGCCGGACAUCAGGCGGUGUCAGCUCACAGCCAAUGACAGCUUCAUCAUUCUGGCCUGUGACGGUUUGUUCAAAGUGUUUUCAGCUGAUGAAACUGUGAAGUUCGUCCUCGGCGUCCUCCAGGAGGACAGCGUUGAGCCGAAGGCCAGUCUGACGGACCAGGAGGUUCGCUUUGAAGCAGCUUGUCAGCAGUUGGCCAGCGAGGCGGUGAGGCGAGGCUGCGCCGACAACGUCACUGUGAUCCUGGUUUCUAUUGACCACUGAGCCCAACCAUCAUCAGAACCAUCAUCAUUUUUAUCAUCAGAACCAGCCAGCAUCAUCAGAACCAGAACCAGCCAGCAUCGUCUUUAUCAUCAGAAGCAG